AUGGAGAGCAGUGAUUCUGAAUUGGAUCCUGAUCUGUUGGAACCGCCCACAAAAAGGAUUCGCAGGUUCACGGAUCACUCGGCCAACGACCGGUCUGAAGAGGAAGAGGUUCGAUCGCGGCUCGAUUGUAAGAAGAGGAAGAAAGACAUCGAAGCGAAUAACAGGAUGGAGAGAAGAGUCGGACGUUUCAAAGCGGUGUUUUGGGAGGUUUUUCUUGGGAACACCGUCGAUCGCGGACUGGAUAUUCGUCUACAGACAACCUCUCACGGCGACGACGAUGACCAUAUUGGUGGUGGCCAUCGUCUUCGGAGCGAUAGUUCAGUCUGUUCGCCCACAAGUCGCCUCAAAAGCCGCGUCAUCGAUGAGGACUCCGUGAUGCGAAGACGUACCGAGACAAAGCAGUUGGCAGAUUUCCAAGCUAAUGUCACUUGUGAUGAGCCCAAUCACGACGGUUUCAACGACGUCAAUCGGGAUCCAUUGACAGAGUCAAUGCUCGUCAACUACGACGUGCUCAAUGGAAACUGUCCUGAAUAC